UUUAUAACAUUGUUUCUAAGGGAUACACAUUCCAACAUCCAAACAAUGAAUUUGGUAAAAGAAUGUUUGGCUUCCAGGCGGAUGAGUUGGUCCGGCUGCAUCUCGGAGGCUGGCCGCGCAUUCACCGGCUGCUUUCUGCUUGGUGAGAGGACCCGCUCUGCAAGGUGGGGAGGCUGCAGCCCAGGGGACAAGAACACUUUCGCAUAGGCCGUGUCUACAGUGCACCAGGGUUAUAGCCUCUCCUUCGGAUGAAAAUAUAGGAAGAAUGGAUUGCACUCCCCAGACUUCCCUAGUCCCAUGUGGGCAAGAUAAAUACAUUUCCAAGAAUGAACUUCUCCUGCACCUGAAGACCUACAACCUGUACUACGAGGGUCAGAACCUGCAGCUGCGGCACCGGGAGGAAGAAGAUGAGUUCAUCGUGGAGGGGCUGCUGAACAUCUCCUGGGGGCUGCGCCGGCCCAUCCGCCUGCAGAUGCAGGACCACAACGAGCGCAUCCGGCCGCCUCCCUCCUCCUCGUCCUGGCACUCGGGCUGCAACCUGGGGGCGCAGGGCACCAUCCUGAAGCCCCUCACCAUGCCUGCCAUUCAGAUCUCAGAGGUGGACGCCCCUCCAGAGGACGACAAGACGCCCAGCCCCACUGACUCCAGAGGCCUGAAGCCUGUGCAAGAAGACACUCCACAGCUGAUGCGCACACGCAGUGAUGUUGGGGUACGUCGCCGUGGCAAUGUGAGAACACCCAGUGACCAGCGGCGAAUCCGACGCCACCGCUUCUCCAUCAAUGGCCAUUUUUACAACCACAAGACUUCAGUGUUCACACCUGCGUAUGGAUCAGUCACCAAUGUCCGCAUCAACAGCACCAUGACUACCCCACAGGUCCUGAAGCUGUUGCUCAACAAAUUUAAGAUUGAGAAUUCGGCGGAGGAGUUUGCUUUAUACGUGGUCCACACCAGUGGUGAGAAACAGAAGCUGAAGCCCACCGACUACCCACUGAUCGCCCGCAUCCUGCAGGGCCCCUGCGAGCAAGUCUCCAAGGUGUUCCUCAUGGAGAAGGACCAGGUGGAAGAGGUCACCUACGAUGUGGCCCAGUACAUCAAGUUCGAGGUGCCAGUUCUGAAAAGCUUCAUUCAGAAGCUCCAGGAGGAAGAGGACCGGGAGGUGAAGAAGCUGGUGCGGAAGUACACCGUGCUCCGGCUGAUGAUCCGGCAAAGGCUAGAGGAGAUAGCUGAGACUCCAGCAACCAUCUGAGUCACAGGAAUGGGGCUCCAAGUGCCCUAAGGGCUGCCACUGACCCCAGAAGACCCAUAGGAAGCUGGGUGCUCCCUUCCCAAGGCAAUGCUUAUGCACAAACCACAAGCCAUCCCUUGCUCCUAGGAAUAGGCUAAAAAGCCAGCAGACUACUUCCUACCCCUGGAUCCCUGUUCUCUCUUUCACUUGCAAGGACUGAGGACCACAUGCAUGUCUGAACAUGUGCAUGCACAUACACAGGAGCCGUGCCCGUGCCUGCCUGUGCCUGCCUGGUGUUUCCACACAAGGUUCAGUCCAGCAACCAGCUCAGCCCUCGAGGCUGGCAGAUGUGUGCCUGGGGCAGGAAAGUCUGAGGAGGACUUUGGGCUAAAGAAGAUUUCUUGUCUUAAAAGCCAGGGGUAUCUGUGUUGGUAGAGAUUGUAUGCCUGGAACGAUCAGUGAAUGUGAGAUCCUUGGAAAUUAAACAAUAACUGCCUCAUAGCCUUGCCUGAUGGAGAGAAACAGAUGGAGCACCCUGGGUUGAUGCAAUGAGUCCACAGUUUUUACACUGGAAACUCUGCUUGCUUUAAAUAAGAGGUGAAUAUGUCGGUCCAUGUGGCCGCUGGAGGUCGAUGGGUUCUGCUUUGGUCUGCCUUGUGGAUGGAGUUGGAGCCUAUGCAAUCCCCCUACUGUGCUUCCUUGGGCUGAAGGAAAGUCUCACCAAGCAGAGGCCUUGCCGUGUGCCCAUGAUGUGCUCACGGGGCCUGGCUUGUUCCACGAAAGAGGCCAGGAAGUUGCCAAGCCCCCUCCUUAGGGCUGCAAUGAAGGGCAGAGGCAUGGGGCAGCCCAGGCCAGCUUCAUGUUGGAAGUCUUCCUGCACCUGAGCUAUGCUGCAUGGUUGAGCUUCCUUCUCUUCAGCCUCUGAUUCUUGCAAGUUCCCUCACCCUGUCCAUGGACACAGGCCCAAGCAGGAGAACUCGUCCAGCUGAGGAUCGAGUUUGGGGCUCAGACAGCUCUGUGAAUUGUCUGGAGCGGGUUAGCCCUGGAUGGAGCCUUUCCCGCUUCUGCAGCUGAUCUUCAGAGCAGCCUCAGCCAGGCUGCAUGGUGGGGUUCUUCAUUGGCGGUGCCUGCUGAGGGACAACAGUGGCUGGGUGCUGAACUGAGCAAGACUGGGAGCUCCCAAGAGCUCUGAGCCUCGCUGGGGAGGGGCACUGUGUGUCUGUCCCCCUGCUUGCAGGGAUGGAGUGGAGUCCUAGGCAGCUGGGAAGGGAGACCCACCAGGCAGGGCUUCCUAAGGACGGUGUGCCUGGUAGCAGGGCCAUUCCUGCAAUGCCAGCCUCCUCCCCAGCUUCUGUCACAGCUGCACAGUGGCAUCUCACUGUGUGCCCCCAGGCCUGCUGCGGGGAUCUCCCAGCCGGCCUGCAUACUCUGUGGGGACCACACAACCAGCCCCUGGGGCUUCUGUCAGUCACACACCUUGGUGGGCACCUGCGCGGCACGGGGGGGGGGGGGGCGCCAGUGCUCACAGAUACAAAAGAGCGGUUUCGGGAAUGCAGACACACCCACCCCGGGUGAGGUUGGCUUGGAGAAUUUCUGUGCUGUUUUUGUCAUGAAUGUCCAAAGUGUUGGUUGCCUCAGAAAUUCUCCUUUGGGGACAGUGGGGAAGAGUUUUCACAAAGCAAAUUAUUAACCACUAACGAUUAUAGACAACUACUUCUGGUUGUAGAAAUUCUCUGUGAAUUAUUCUAUCAGUGCAACAGUGUUCAGUAAGAAAAUGUCAUAAAAUACCCUGUUUGCCAGAUCUCUGAGAAUGUGAUACCAAGGUAGCCUGACUUUCUAAAGUGAGGUCCAGGGUAAGAAAGGAAGGGUGGAAUGUGUUUUACCUUUGUACUUUCACUAGCACAAGCCUUUUCCAUUUUGGGCCAUGCUAUGGAGAUUGUUUCUCAUGCUGUAAUCUGAUUAAGAAAUCUGGCUGGACCUAGUGGUGCACGCUUGUGUUUGGGAGGCUGAAGCAGGAGGAUCUCUGCUGCUCUCAAGACCAGGCUGGAUUACGUA